UCGCUCAACAAACGUGUGUUAGCCAGAUAACACUAAAGUUAACAGACAGUAGUGCAGUUUUUCCUGUGGACCGCUGUCACAGACCACCAUGGAGCUCACAUGGGAAGACCACCCAGUUCCUGAAGGACCUUUCUUUUCCAGAGAUGUUUAUGACAAAUAUUCCCUUGCACCUAAUAUCAGAGAACUGUGGGCCUUUCUCCGAGGUCCUGUAGAGAAUGCCAAAGCCAAACAGGAGUGUGAUGAUGGGGCUGCAAAAGUCUCCCGCUCUCCUUCCACAAAUGAAGCUGCAGAGUUUAAAGACAACAGUUGCAUCAGCAGCCAAGCAUCCUGCUGGGACAGCUGUGAUAGUGAGGAUCUAAGUGCAGACAAAGCCGUUGAAAGAACAGGAGACUUUGAGGAUACCAAAAAAUCAGGAGCAGAGCAGAAGCAGAUUAAGAAAGAUGCUCCCUUUCCCGAGCCCAGGCUCCCUUAUCCCUGCCUGUCCAACAUUUCUAGCAAACAACAGGAGACAUUUCUUGGUUUUUUAAUGAAUAAGAAAACCAAGGAUCCUCCAGAGGUCUUAAAGGCACGAGUGAACAAUGAAGUGAUGCACUUCAAUAGCUACCUCCAAGAUGUGGCUAGAAUGUGUGCUGAUGACUACAAUUUCAUAUCACAAGGAGCUAUGCAAUAUUCAGAGGAAUUUUUAAGGAGCUGUUUGGAAUGCAUUAGGACGCUUCCCCAGUUCUACCAGAUCCACGAGCUGACCAGUUUAACAGGAGGGACAUUCGAUCCAGGGCUGGCGCUGACCUUUGAAAAACAGCUGCUGAAUAUGGGCAGUGUGAAUAUUACAGACCACAAGAUAGUGCCUGCUGAUGCACAACUUGCAUGGGAUUAUCAGAGUGUUUCAUCAGAGAAUCCUCCAGCUAAAAAGGCUAAGGACAUGCAUGCUACUGUCAGUGGUGAUGGGAAUGCUGAGAAGCUCUGUGCUUGUUAUGAGCCUCAUGUUUGUUUGACUCGAGAUGCCUUGGUCAGGCUGCUGGACAACCAUGGCCCUGAAUUUGUGGAGCAAUGGGAACUGCCUGUUUGGGUCAAAUUAAACCAAGGAAAAGUCGGUAAUCAGAAGAAGACUGUGUAUAUAGACUCGCCACUCCUGAAGACUGAAAUGACAGUAAGAGAAAGGAGUCAUAUCUAUCAUGAAGAGAGUUUGAAGCGGUCCAUCAAGAAGAAUGGAAGUAAAAAUGUGUUCCAUUUGAUGACAGAGCUUCCUGUAAAUAAGCAGAACCCCUCACAGGAAAUUUCCCAGAGGAGCGAAGUUUCUCUGGAAAACAGUGGUCUGGAUUUUGAGGUGGAUCUCACCGACCUGGAGACAUUUGGAGAGACGUCAAAGUGUAAGAAGAUCCCAGAUGAACAGGGUGGUUAUAUUAAAAGUAAAAAAGAUAGAGGGUCCCCACUUUCAAAAAAGAUUAAAACGUUCAGUGAAGAGAUGAGCAGCUCCUCAAUAAAAACUAACGACUCUGUGUCAGAGCCAGCUCAGCAGUUUUUGAGUGAGCACAUUCAACCAGGGACUGAACAAGCAAGACAAGACCCUGCCCUGCAAAGUGAUGAAGACCAAGCUUUUACUGGAGACUCGGAUGAUGAGAAACUGGUCAUUGAUGACUCGAUGUCUCCAGUGAACACUGUCCCAAAACAAAGUAAACCUCAAACUGUAACGUGCUCUGCAGACCCUCCAGUUGUUCCUGCUUCUGAGUCCACCCCUGAAAGUUCAGAGAUGUCUUCCCCUCAAAGAGUUACAAGGGCCAGACGGCAAACCAAAAGAGCAAAGGAUUCUGGGGACCAGCUAGGUGAGAUCCUGCGCAUGCAGACAGCCAUGUUCAAGUCUGCCAACGAGAUGGCCAAAUGCUCUGCUAAGUCGCCCACCCGAUGUGCAGGGCCAUCAGUUCACUCUCAUCCAACAUUGCUGGUUAAACCGUGUGUGUCUUCAUUUUUGGAGAGAAACCAGAGCAAGGAUGGCGAAACCUGUGUGGUUCCCCCCAACUCUUCAUCCCUCAGUGCUGACACUAAAGAACAUAAAAAGCUUCUUUCACAAGACCUGCAGGCUACAACAGAAGAUGAGCAAGAUUACGAGGUUCCUGUUGAGGGCAGCCUGUUUUAUAAACUCUACAGUCUGCAAGACUUGUUACUCAUGGUGCGCAGCUCUGUCUCUCUGACCCACACGAGAAAAGUAGGCAGCAGGAAAAACCAGCAUACACCAGUGCAUGUCUUGCCUAAGCUGGAGUACCAGUUGUGUUAUGGUGUUGAGUGCCUAACCAGGAGCGAGGUAUGCAACUUGUGGACAGAGACUUUGCUUCACUCCAGCACAGUAUCUUACAUAGCGCACAUCAAUGCACACACAUCAAAAGUAGCUCUGCUGCGAAAGCUGCCUGAUGACUGGAAGCAGAACGUCUCCUGUGGGUUCAAGCUUUCCAAGUCAUUAAAUAUACUCCACCACCUACUGAAAAAACUUACUGGGUUAGAGGAAGGACGAUACCUGAUUGCACAUAAAUCGGGGGAACCGUUUGUGACCAUCCUCAAAGCAGCACAUGGAAAAGGGAAUCUGGGGGGAUACGACCUGCAUCAGGCCCACAGCUCUGUUCCACAACCCCCGGCCUUUGGCUUUGUGCCUUGGAUACCUGUUGAUCCAGCUGUAGUCCUGCCCUUCCACCAGCAACAUGGAAGGGUCCCCUGCACCUUUCCACCAACACCCAUUGUGAAGAAAACCAAUGGAAGCAACAAGAAGACGUGCAAGCAGAAGAAACGUACAGCCAAGCGUAACACGAGAGCUGGAGGAGGAGCUGCACAUGCAUGCCUAAAGAAAUAAAAGCAAAGUCCUUAAAUUAUAAAUGUGGAUCCUGAUGCACUUUUAUUCUAUAUAACCUGUAAUUUUGUUCAAAGGUAUGUUUGUAUGUAUUUUGUUUACUUUUUGUGUGAAAAAGAGUUAAUAAACUGAAAGUGAUUUA